CAGAGAAAAUGUUAAAGCAUUUAUAUUAGUUCUACGUGUACUGCGAUGUGACACCACUGAGAUUUCUCUUAUUCGUUUGAAAUUGUUACAUCAUAAAGAAAAUUUAUUCCAUGGUAUUCUAGUUUUUAUUGUUACGAUAAUAAAUAAUGGGACUUCGAAAUUUUCGAUGGAGAAUAUUAUUUAUUAUCAUAUUAGUUUUACUUCUCUGGCAGUCAUCAAAAGUUUGGUUGGGUUUAACACAAAAGAAAUCCGGCAUAGAAGCACAGUUUCAGGACAACCAUCUGGUAACAUUAAGCUGGAAAGAUGAAUGGAGUAAACAAAAAGUCCACAUAGCUGUAUACUAUGAGGCACUAUGUCCAGACUCGCGUAGUUUCUUCAUUAAACAAUUAUUGUCAACAUAUCACAGAAUUCCAGAUAAUGUGCAAGUGGAAUUAAUACCUUAUGGGAAAGCUAGAACCAUAAAAACAGAUCAUAGCUAUGAAUUCAUGUGUCAGCAUGGUCCUAUAGAGUGUGAAGCAAAUAUGAUCCAUGCAUGUGCCAUAGAUGUUUUAAAAAAUUCUUCCAUUCAGUUAGAGUACUUAUCUUGCAUGAUUAAAAAUAAUAUAAAACCAAUAAAUGUCAUGGAAAGUUGUGCUAAGAAAAUGAAUAUAGAUUAUAAUUAUAUUUUAAAAUGUUUUCUUGAACCAAAAGGCAAAGAACUUUUGGCUAAAUAUGGAGAAUUAACAAAUGCUUUAACACCAAAAGUUUCUUUUAUUCCAACUGUUACACUUGAUGGGAAAUCUGAAAAUCAGGCAAGAAUAUUAAAAAAUUUGCUGCAGGAAGUAUGCCUACAUUUUAAAAUUCUGCCCAAAGUGACAAGCAACUACACACAUGAGGACGGACGCGCAUUCCCAGGCACCGUUGAAUACGGUAAACUCUUGUUAUAUUGCCAUGGACCUAGCUGUGGGAGCGGGAAAUUCUCAGAUUUGAAAAUUAUAUAGAGGUCCUUCCAUACAACAUUUGAAAAUUUAAACAUCUCACAAUCAGUUUGAUAGCUUCUCAAUUUAAAAUUUUGUAACUUUAAAAUCUACUUGCAUUUCUAUGUGCUACAAUACAGGAAUACUAGUAUUGUACGCGGAAAUGUUUAUGUGAAAAAAUUCACUAAAAAAGUUUACUGUAAUAAUCUAAUAAAAAAGUUCUUUCUUGCACUCUUUAUAGCUGGAUACCCGCAUCCAUGAAUUUUCCGACAAGUAUUGGAAUUACCUAUUACUAGUCUAGAUAGUUAAAAUAAUAAACUAAUUUUUCUAAAUUAUUAAAAUUGAUAAUAAUAACAACUUUAUAAAAAACUAUAAAAUCUAUGAAUUAAUAUCUGUGACUACGAUUGUUAUUUUUUAUAAAAAAUUAAAACAAAAUAGUUAUAAAUUAUAUAUAUAAACGAAUUACGUGAAACUAAAAUCAAUUACUCCUAGAGAGUAUAGUUAUCUUCCUUUUACUACAGUAAUUAAAAAUCAGUUGAUCAUUUAAUAUAUGGGAACAAUUUAUUAACUUAAUAUCAACACUUUAUACAAACUGUAUCGCUUCGUCACGCACGAUAGGUGAAGUAUGCCUUUGAUAUGGCGGAGAAUUAAUUAUCUCACAUACAAUAGAAAUAAUGAACGUACAUAUUUCAAGUACAGGAGAAAGAAAUGUAUAGAAUUUGCUUUAGCCGAAUGGAUUAUUACAUUUAUUGGAAUUACUUUUCAAAGAUAAACAUCAAAAAUAAAUAAUUUCUUAUUCGCGUCACGACGGAGCUUCAUAAAUAUCGCAUUUGAAUAUUUUAUAUACUUUUUUCGAGGGAAAGAUUGAGAACAAGAGUUACUCUCGAAUAGAAUUUCAACUAUUUUAUUUGCAAUAAACGAACGUCUCGAGAAACGAUCUUUAAAGAAACGAGACCACGAUGACGAUUCUUUUUUAACGACAUAUUAUAUCUCAAGCUACGGUUCUUUUCUUGAGAUGCAAAAUACUGACUUUUUAUUUUUUUUAAACUUAAUAUCGGCUCUCGGCGCUCGUUAUUAAAGAACUCUCGUAAAUCACUUUUAAAUACGGGAAAAAUUAUAUAAUUUAGACUACGUAGAACUUUGCGACACGAAUAUAAAAUUAAUAUUAAAUAUUGGAAUAUAUUCUUUUUUUUAACUUAGACUUAAACACUAACUGUCAACGAUAUCGAUGAAACGAGCAAUAAUUUGUUAAGCAGUUUAAGUAGGGAUGUUCUUCGAGUAAAAUCUAUAUAUCACCAUUUACAAAAGGACUUCGUCGCGAUUUCUCUUUCUUUCAUUUUUUUUUUCUUUUUCAUUUUUACAAAGUGAGAACAUUUUCGCCGUAAAUCACUAAAUUUUAACGUUUGUGUUCACAAUAACGAUAACAGCUAUCAGAACGAUCGCAAGUGAAGUAAAAUAGUUAAGAAUUGUUUUUUUAUUUUUCUUUUUUUGUCGUUGCGAUUCGUGCGCCUUAGUAUCUCUAUGGAAAGGCUCUCGAAUCGAUGAAAUUUCGUUUAAGAUAUGUUAAACGCGAAUCUUGUUGACAGUGAAUUAUUACAUAUACAUUUGUCGGCAAACUAUUUCUAGAUGCCAUCGAAAAAUGACGAUGAGAUAAAAACGGCUGAAACGAGAGGUCCAUUGGUUAAUGAAGGAAACGAAUUGAGUAGUUGUGACCUAAAAAUGAGGAUACAUUUAUUUUGUCUUUUUUAUGAUCAAUGCGAUCUAGGUCACCAGAAAUACAAGUACUUCUCAUUUUGUUCACUUCAAUAUUAAAUAAUAAAGGA